UGUUGAUCAAUGAUGUUGCCAUGGUAAUGGUUCCAAGUUAAGAGUCCUGCAGUCAGCAGACUCCAGCAGAAAAACAUGUUAACAGAUACCUAAUAGUACUGCCUGACCUACAGUACUGCCUGACCUACAGUAUUGCUGCCACACCUACAGUACUGCCUGGCCUACAGUACAGCCUGACCUACAGUCCUGCUAUCCCUACAGUACUGUUGCCAGACCUCCAGUCCUCCAGCCUGACCUACAGUACUGCCAGACCCAUGCUGACCUCACAGUAAAGCCCAGAACUGAUGCCCGACAAGCAGGUCAGCUCGCCAGGAGGAGCUGCUAGCCUCCCAGCCCUGAUUGGUCCAGCCAGGCUGUGAUGUCAGCGGCAUACUAGAGAAGGACAGGAGUCAGAAUGAGCGGACGGAGAGCAAGGGUUUCUGGGAAGUCUAUUGAUGAGCGCGCAAUGGAGUGCAGGGAGAAUGGCUACCUGCUGUCGGCUAAGAGGAUUGGCUCUGGAGCCUUCUCCAAGGUCUACCUUGGAUAUGCCACUCCCAACAAGAUCUGCCAGAACUACAGGCUGGCCAACGACCUGCGCAGCAAGAACCACAACAUGGUGGCCAUCAAGAUCAUCUCCAUAAACGAUGCUCCUCCAGAAUAUUCCAAUAAGUUCCUCCAUAGAGAAAUCUACGCCCUGAAUGCCACAUACAGACACCCUGGAGUGAUCCAGCUGUAUGACGUGUUCCGCUCCCCGCUGCGGUUCUACCUGGUUCUGGAGCUGGCGCUGCGGGGAGAUCUGCUGGAACACAUCAACUCCGUGUCCCACAGCAAGGGCAGCCCGGGCCUCAGCGAGGAUGAGGCGCGCAGGGUCUUCAAACAGAUCGUCAACGCUGUCAUGCACUGCCACAACAGCCACAUAGUACACAGAGACUUGAAGUGUGAGAACAUUCUAUUGGAUGAGCAGGGCUUCGUCAAACUGACAGACUUUGGCUUUGCCAACCACUCUAGUGACAGGAGAGCCCUGAUGAACACGUUCUGUGGCUCUGUGGCCUAUACCGCUCCAGAGAUCCUGCUCUCACGCAAGUACAACGGAGAACAGGCUGACCUCUGGAGUCUGGGGGUGAUCCUGUUCGCCAUGGUAACUGGGAAGCUUCCGUACCAGGAGAAACACCCCAAGAAACUACAGCAGCAGGACCUCACCUUCCAGACCGCUGUCUCCUCAGGUGUACAGGACCUGAUCCGGAAGCUGCUGCAGUGGCAGCCCUCCUGCCGCCUGCCUCUCAGCCAGGUGAACACACACCACUGGCUCCUCCCCCCCACCAACCUGCUGCACAAGCUCCGCCCCACCAAGAGUGACAUCACCAGCCGGAGCCACGAGUGCCCCAUUAGGUCCGGUGCCUCGGCCAGGCAGCACAAAGAUGACGAGGAGCUCCCAGGUAUGGCGCUGUCGCGCGGGGGGGUGAAAGGUCAUUCAUGCCACUCAGGACACGUUCCCCCGCCGUCACCCACCCGCCGCCACCCCAGCCUACGAAACGGCCCGCUCCGAGCCCCCCCGCCCCCCAGCAGCCCUGACGGUGGGCGGGUGGAGCCCUCCCACCCCAAGCCCCCCCACGUGACCACCUGUCGUCUGUUGCUGCGCCCCACUCAGCCCCCCUCCGUGUCCCCCACGCGCCUGUUCGUGUCCCGCUACCCUCGCCCCCCCUCCCAGCCCCGCCCCUUCCACAACCUGCCCAACUUCCGGAAGCCGGGCUCCGCCAAGGAGGCGAGGUCUAGAGGCCUGGCCGGCAAGAUGGAUGAUGGCUAUGCCAAGAACUGUCUCAGGACGCCAUCCACUGGCUGAACACACACACCUGCCUGGGCAGGGAUCUAAAGAGCCAGCUAUGGACACACUAACACACUGUGAAAACUAAAUGAAAC